AUGGAAACGAGCCCGUGCAACGACAUAGUGUUAGUCAUAGAAAAUAUAUACAAUAUACAAUAUAAAAUAUAAUAUAUAUAUAAAAUAUAUGUAUGGUGAUAGCAAGGUUUAUAGAUUAUUAUUAUCUAUAAACCUUGGGUGUUGGUCCUUUGUGGCUUUGUGGGUAUUACCCAUAUNAAUUCAGAAAAAUGGGUCUCAUAUACUCAGAACUUAAAAUCAGGCUCUGUACACACUCAGAUGGCAAGUGCAUAUUGUGAAAAAAUAUUAAAAAAAUAGAGCUUACAUAAAAAAUCUGAUUGACAUAGUUUUAUAUUUGGGACGGCAAGGACUAGCAUUCCGUGCGCAUAACGAAGAAAAAACAUCAAUUAACCAAGGUAUAACAUUUUAAAUUCAGUUUUCAAUAUUAUGGGUUUAAAAAUAAUUUAACAUUUAAUAAUUUAUUUUAAUAACUUUUAUUUUUAAGAUGUAUCAGUAACAAAAAAUGAAUUUUAUUUUCUAUUUUUCUAUUUUUAUUUUUAAGAUGUAUCAGUAACAAAAAAUGAAUUUUAUUUUCUAUUUUUCUAUUAAUAGAAUUCAAUAUUUAUAAUAUUAAAUAUUAUUCUUAUGCCAUACUAUAAUUUUAUUGUAGGUAAUUUUAAAGAAGCUUGUGUUUUACUGUCUAAAUGUAAUGAAGAAUGUUCUACCAUAUUCAAUGAAAAAACCAACUAUACAUGUUGGUCAAUCCAAAAUGACCUUAUAAACAUCUCUGCUCAAAUGAUAAAAAACACGAUUGUCAAUGAGCUGACAGAAAUUGGAUUUUGUAGUGUCAUAUGUGAUAAAGCAAGGUAAUAUAAAAAUGAAAUACAAAUAUUGUGAACUAUACUGAUUGUUUUAUCUUUUUAGGUGUUACAGACAAGAGCAGAUGUCAAUUUGUGUACAUUACGCUAAGAAUUUAAAUGUUUAUGAAAGAUUUUUAGGUUUUAUUAAUGUGUCCGAGAAUCAAAACGCAGAUGCUUUGGCUACUGCUAUGGUCAAUUUUUUUGAAAUAAAUAAUAUAAAUGUACCUAUUGUAGCCCAAGCUAUGAUGAUGCUAAUGUUAUGUUGGGUAAAUUCAAUGGAGUACAACAAAAAAUUAAAUCGAAAUACCCGUAUGCUGUAUAUACUCAUUGUAUGGCACAUCGUAUAAAUCUAAUUGUUCUAGAUAUGUGCAAAUUGGUAAAGGUAUGAGGAAUAUAAUAUUAACAAUACAAAUAACUAAUAACUAAUAAGAAUGCUUAGAAAAAAUAAUUAAAAGUAUUCAUUUUUUUUUUAGGAUACUAGAAUAGUAUUUAAUUGUCUUGAGACAUUAUAUGUUUAUUUUUCACACCCUGCUAAUGAUGCAAAAUUUACCGAGAUUCAAGUAAAAUUAGAUAUCAAAAACACUUCCCUGACUCGUUUAAGUGAUACACGUUGGAAUUGUCGUGUAAGAAACUGUGUUGCUGUAAAAUUAAACUUUAAAGCUAUAGUUACAUUGUUAAAUGAUGAAAUCAAUUCUUCCACAAAUAAAGAUGUACAAGCAAUGGGUAAGAAUAAUACAUUGAUUUUACUUGAAUUAUAACUAUUGUAAAAUAUAAAAUAUAGAUAUUAAAACUAUAAUUUAUUACUUUAUAGGCAUUAUGACACUUAUUAAUAAACCAUNAUUGUCGUGUAAGAAACUGUGUUGCUGUAAAAUUAAACUUUAAAGCUAUAGUUACAUUGUUAAAUGAAAUCAAUUCUUCCACAAAUAAAGAUGUUGUACAAGCAAUGGGUAAGAAUAAUACAUUCAUUUUACUUGAAUUAUAACUAUUGUAAAAUAUAAAAUAUAAAUAUUAAAACUAUAAUUUAUUACUUUAUAGGCAUUAUGACAAUUAUUAAUAAACCAUCAUUUAUUGUGAAUUUCUUAAUUUUGGAAGAAAUAUUACAAAUUAUUGUUAAAUGAUGAAAUCAAUUCUUCCACAAAUAAAGAUGUUGUACAAGCAAUGGGUAAGAAUAAUACAUUGAUUUUACUUGAAUUAUAACUAUUGUAAAAUAUAAAAUAUAGAUAUUAAAACUAUAAUUUAUUACUUUAUAGGCAUUAUAACAAUUAUUAAUAAACCAUCAUUUAUUGUGAAUCUUAAUUUUGGAAGAAAUAUUACAAAUUAUAAAUAUAUUAUCUACUUAGCUUCAAAAAAAAAGAUGCAACAUUAGGAAGCGCUGCUACUUUAUUUGAAGGAAUCAUUAAAACCUUUGAGUCCUUACGCACGGAAGUUGAAUUUCAUAAUAUAUGGGAAAAGAUAAUCAAUUUUACCAAAAUCAAUAAUAUAAUAACAGAUUUCCCAGGUAAUAAAAUUAUAGUUUGUCCUACACUUAUUCUAUAAAUUAUAAAAAUGAAGAGUUGUUAUUAAUUGGUCAGGACAAAUAUAAAUGUGACAUGUCUUAUCAUUAAGAAUUUGCUAUUUUAUGAUUUUUGAGUAGUUUAAUUUUUAUAAGUUAAUUAUUGUUACUGUCUUACUAAUUACUGUAUUAUAUUAUAAAUACCUAGGUAUCUAUCUGGAAGUAUAUAGUAUUUUAAUGUUUUAUCUCAUGUAUUAUUUAUUAAAAUAGGUCCCAACAGUAACACAAAUAAACGUCAACUCCAAUCAACAAGUAAUUUAGAACAUUUUCAUGUUUUUGCAACUACAAGUUCUGAGCAACAAAAUCAAAAUGAGUUUAAUCAAUUUAAAGAAAGUUAUUGGAGGACUCAUUAUUAUCAAAUUAUAGACACUUUAAUAAUAAAUUUUAAUAAGAGGUUUUCAUCUGAUACCUUGGAAUUGGCAACAUCUAUUGAUUACUUUCAUAAAAUGAAUUAUUAUGAGAGUCAACGUUUUAUCGAACAGUACAAAGUAUAG